ACGAUAGUCCAUGAAACAUGGAGAAUGUUGUAUUGAAUGCUGUAACAAGGCGGCACGGCUGCUGGAGCUUCGAUGUAGCGCCCCGCUACCUACGUAACUGGGGUUGGCCAUCUUGGGUAGCCAAGCGUGUCGGGGUGCUCCAACAUCCAACACCGUCCAGACUGACAAUUUUGCAUAAGCUAUCGCCAGCUUCAGGAUUCAGCGCAGAAGCUUCUAUCGCAUCAUGUUGUUCGAUCCGCCAGCAUACCUAGCAUCGCUGCAAAACAACAUUCGCCAGCGGCCGAUUCCGUGGGAUCACGCCGUGCGCGCGGGCACCUUGACUGAAGAUCAGCUCGCCCGCAUCCGCGCUGUCGACAAGGUCAAGAAAGAUGUUCGCAAGCAAACGGUCGAGGCCGAUCUGGGCGGCUACCGCACCCUGUUUGUAGGUGGCUCAGGGACGAAGAGCGUGUUGGAAUCAGCCUCCAAGCGCCAUGAUGUGGUGCAAUACAUACUUGUGCUCCUAAGCGAUUUACUUGACGGCAUUCCGGCACUAGCCAAAGCUAUCCUCGAGACCGGCGACCCCUACCGGCAUUUCCUACCUCUCCUCGCGCACUCGUCCAACACCGAAGACCCGAUCCCGCUGCUCACCUCGAUCGUGCUGAUCAGUCUCAUGGCCGGGUCCAGAGACGAGUCCCCCGCGACGGUCGACAAGGCCAUGCCCGUCAUUUUUAGCUACCUAUCGUCCCUCACCAAGAGCUCGGAUGCUGGGCUUCAGGAUAUCGGCGUGCAGGAGUACUCGGCUCUGCUCUACGGCCGCGCACCAAGACGACAGUUCUGGAAGCAGAGGAGCGAAACCGUAACACCCUUGAUUGACAUCUUGCGGGCGGCGGCCGGUGUCGGUAACGGUGAUUCAUCCGCCAGCCUCUGGAGUGGCACCACGGGUACGGCAAGGAGCGGCCUCGAGGGUUCUCUAGGGGGUGGUGUUGGGCUUCAGCUACUCUACAGGGUGCUACUGGUGAUGUGGCAGCUCAGCUUUGAAGCUGUCGAGAUUGGCGACGAUCUGAAUGAUGAAUACGACAUUGUCCUUCUCUAUACCCAGCUCCUCCGUCUCUCACCCAAGGAGAAGACCACCCGCCUCCUAGUCUCAACGCUCCUCAACCUGCUGGUGAACAACCAGAACACGCUCCUCCCAACCGCGAUCCUCGCCCGGCUGCCCGCGCUCCUUCAGAACCUCAAGACAAGACAGUUCGCCGACCCGGAUCUCCGCGAAGACAUGGACCAGCUCCGGGAAUUGCUAGAUGAGUACAGCAAAACCAAGACAACGUUCGACGAGUACGUGGGCGAGCUCAACUCGGGCCACCUGCGCUGGUCGCCGCCGCACCGCAGCACGGUGUUCUGGGCCGAGAACGCGCGCCGGAUCCUCGAGCACGAUAACGGCGCGCUCAUCCGCAAGCUCGCCGACAUCAUGAAGAAGCCGUGGGACAACGACAAAGCCGUGCUCGCCAUCGCCUGCAACGACGUCGCCUGCCUCGUGCGCGAGGUGCCCGAAAGGCGGAGCCAGCUAGAGCGGCUGGGCAUCAAGACCCGCAUCAUGGAGCUCAUGGGCGAGGCCGACGAGAAUGUCCGGUGGGAGAGCCUGCGGGCGCUGGGCGGGUGGUUGCGGUAUAGCUUUGAUCCGAAGUGACGAGAGGCCCCAUCGCGGAUGGGUUAGGCAGACAUGUGCGUUUGUUUUGUUUCUGGUUUCUUGUCUCUUUUGGGCGCCCCUUUUCCCGGGCGGGCUGGGUGAAGGCAUGUUACAUGGCGAGGGGGUUGAUUGGCAUUCUGGAAUGGCACUUUUAGAAUGGCUCAUUACCUUACCUAUCUCACGUUAAGGGAUGUGUGAAUUGUGGGCUGUAUACGUGAUGCUUGAAUACAGCUGCGCGUGGACCAGGCGAAUCUACCGAACCUGAGAUUGUUUAGUCGGUCAUCAGGGGGGUUGUCAGCCAAGUUGCGGGUGAUAUACAGCACUCCAACCCACUUCAGAUCACAGCAUAGGUAGAUUUGUCAAGUUCAAGUGUUGAGCUUGCCAUAUAGCAGGACUUCUGCCCGUCCCCAAAGGCAACUCCAACCCCACCUCACUCCCAGCACUCUUGCUUUAUC